AAAGUGGUAGAAUUGAAACUGAAAAUUUAAUUCAAAUGUUAUAUAAUAAAAUAAAACAAGGUCUUACUGAAAAUACUGAAAAGAUGGUAUUUAAUAAUCCAUUAUCAGAUGAUGAUAAUAUAUUUAAAGCAUUGGAAG